AUGAUGUCACGCCGCCAUUUUAGUUCUCCUGUCAGUGUUCAAAAUCCAAACAAACAAAUUGUCGUUCAAAUUGGUAGGGUGCUCUUGAAGAAGCUGAUUUAUUUUCAUGAAUAAGAUUGUUUUUGGAACGAUUUUAGUAUUAAUUGAUAGACAGAAGGAACAUGAUUAAUACCACCAAGGCAUGUCAAUAAUUCCUGAAUGGACUAUACUUUACGAAGGUCACCACCAGAUGUCUCAAUUUCCGAAUUAUGCACACUGUCACACUCUUAGAAUAUAGAUAUUAAUGUUCUAAGGUCCAACUAAUAGAGCAUAUUCCUGUCGGCAUUUAACAAUGAAAUAAUGAUUUGAAAGACUACAAAUUUUCUAAUUUUAUAUCAUUUGAACUAUUUCUGUGAACUCACAGGAUACGUAUUAUUCGAAUCAUUGAACGGUCACGUGAAGAAAAAAUUCUGAGAUAAAAACCCGAAUGAUAAAUAUAUGAAUAUUAAUAUAUAUAAUAUAAUAAUUAUAUAUAAUAGAAUAUAGAAUUAAAGAUAAAUUGGAGAUAAAAGUUCGAAUUUGGUGAACCACAGAUAUUAUCCAUAAUAUGAACAUAGAUAUAUAACCAUAGAUGCAGAACUGGACUGUCGAAACGAAAGUGAAGCUUUUAAUUGCCGUGAUGGCCAUACUGCCCAUACUAUCGAUUUUCAAACAAUUAUCUUUAAUUAUUUGGUAUACUUGUUGUCUUCAAUAUGGUUACUACGUGUUGUGCAUUUGGGUGUUCGAAUGAUCACAAAAAAGGUUCCAAUAUUCACUUCUUCAGAUUUCCAUUCAAAAAUCCGGAAUUGUUGAAUAAGUGGAUAUCAGCUGUGAAAAGGGAGAAUUGGGAACCAAAAGCUCACUCCAGAAUCUGCAGUGUUCAUUUCACAGAAAGUGAUUACCAGAUUCGGCCUGGAGCUGGGUAUCCACUUCUGAAAAUCACUGCUGUACCAUCACUUUUUCCAGCCUUUUCUACUCAUUAUAAGUUUUCUCCAAAGAAAGCCAGAGCUUCUGAAAAACAGUCCUCAGUUGGUCUUGAAUUAAAACAGCAGACCUCAAAAGAUCCCGCCAUUUAUGAUUCUGCUGGCCCUUCAGAACUAAAAUCAAAAAAGACAGGAAGACAACAAUUGAUCAAUGAAUUAGAACAGCAGACCUCAGAAGAUCCUGUCACUUCUGAUUCUGAUGGCCUUUCAGAACUAACAUUGAAAGAGAGAGGAAGAAGAAAACUGAUGAGUGAAGUAGAACAGCAGACCUCAGAAGAUCUAGUCACUUCUGAUUCUGAUCGCCCUUCAGAACCAACAUUGAAAAAGAGAGGAAGAAAAAAAUUCAUCAGUGAAGUAGAAGAGCAGACCUCAGAAGAUCUCGUCACUUCUGAUUCUGAUCGCACUUCAGAACCAACAUUGAAAAAGAAAAGAAGAAAAAAAUUCAACAGUGAAGUAGAACAGCAUAUCUCAGAAGAUCCUGUCACUUCUGAUUGUGAACACCCUUCAGAACAGGCAAAAUUAUUAAUAAGAAGAAAUAAAUGCCUUACCCAAAAAAUAAGAAGACAGAAAAAAAAAAUUGAAACACUCAAGACAACAUUGAUUGCUUCUCUAAAAGAAAAAGGGUUGUCAGAUCCAAGCCUGGAGCUAUUACUACUAGAAAAAUUCUGCAGCUGAAAGGACAUUCCUUAUUUGAAAGUUCAACGUUUCUUGCCAAAAACACAUGAAAAACUGGCUAUUUCUGUCAAGAAUAAUUUAUGAUUUUCAAUUUAUGGCACCUCAAGUUAGACGUUUCUCCACAAUUGGAAGAAAUAUUCUCAAAAGCUAAAUUAUUCUUGACAUCAAUAGUCAGUUUAUCUCAUCUUAUUUUUCGCCAGAUUUUGAUUUUAAAAUACGACUCCAUAUAAGAUGUCUAAAAAAUGUAAAAUGUUUUUAGACAUCUUAACUCCAUACUAUAGCUAGAGGAAAACGAUGAAAAUCAAAGAGACAUUGUUUUCAAAUCAAUGGAGUUGAAAUGAAUGAAUUAUUCUCUAGGCAUUGGCCAAAUCAUUUGUAAAAUAUAUUAUCAACUUUUAAUUUCUAUUUUCGAAAUUAAUAUUUCAUUUUUAAGUAA